AUGGGUAAUUCUUCUGUUUGCUGUUAAGAUGAGACCAAUAGCUUCAAUAUCACAGAUAUUGAUUUCAAAUAAAUCAGUCAUUAACCAUCUAAAAAAAUACUAAUAAGCAGUAAAGAUAUUUAGACAUAAAUAGAAGAGAGUCCAUCUUUUUCCAAAGAGUAAAUCUUCCAAGUCCACUAGAUGCUAAGAGAGCAAAAUGAUAAGAUAUAAAAUACUUUUAAGUAAAAUUUGAGUAACCUAAGUCUCAAUCAAGAUGAUGAUUCUCUAAAUUAUGUAUUAAAAUCAAAUCAGAUAAGUUCCUUACCAUACCUUUAAUCAUUAGCAUCUAGUCAUGGAUUAAAUUCAAAAAAUUGCUCACCAAGAGAUUCCAGGCCCGAAAUGAGAAAGAAUGAUUCUAAUGGAUCAACUUCAAAGAAGUAGAAUAUGAAAAAGCAAGUGUUUUUUAAUAAUUAAGAUGAUUUUCUUAAUUACACUCGGUUAGACUGUUAGACUCCUAAAAUGUUGUCUAAAUGUGAGAAUUAUAUUGAAUAUGAUAAUCAAACUACUAGAACAGAUGUACUUAAAUUUUCAGAUAAAAAGGUUAGUAUUAAGCUUAAUGAUAUUGAGUGCAUUGGUAAUACCUAUAAUAAGAGAAAGGAUAGGUCUCAGUUUUACAAGCCUAAAAUUACUGUUCCUUAAAAUGGCAUCCUAGGUGCUACUUCCUUUCAUAGCCAAUCUAAACUUUUAUUUAGUGAUUCAGAUUUGAAUGAAUUAAGUGAGAAUUAGUCAUUUAGCGAGAUAGAUAGCUUAGAUUCGUCUUACAAUAAAAUCGGUUCAAAUAAAAGUUUAACCUUGAAUCAUCUACAAGACAACCAUGAUUUUAAUAUAAUAAGAAAUAAAAAUCAACUCAAUUAUAAUUCUCAAAUAAUUUAAGAUAGCAUAUUCUCUGAUAAAUACGAUUAAAUUUCUAACUAAAAUCUUGAUCUUUACUAAGAAGCAAAUAUAGUUAGAGUAUCUCAAAACUGA